ACAUGUUUGGUUUCAGGAAAAGAAUAUUCAUGAAUGAAGUGUAUGGCUGCCUUGCUAGGGGAAAAAAAAAAGGAACACUUCCUUUUUCUUUUCUUUUUUUUUAGGAAGAGGAGUGUUUUCACAGCUUUACUAAAAUCAGUGUAUCAAAGCAGUCAUGGUUCAUUUACAGCCAGAAAUGUUAUGUGGAUACAAGUGAACCCCAACCCACUCCCCCAAAAGUUCAUUCAUCUAGCUGUAAAUGUUUUGUCUGUUCUUCAACCAUCAAAACUAAAGGAGCUACAUUUUUUCAGUGAUCCAUUUGAAGAGGAACAAAUGGAUUACACAGAUAACAACACAGAAUCAUUCUAUAUAAUGUAUACGUAUACUAAUAUUGAUGACAUUCCCGAUCAAUUGUGUCGCAAGGACGCCGUGGCAAAAGUUGGAUCCAUCGUUGUCCCGUUAUUCUUCAGCAUUGUGGUGUUGCUCAGUCUAAUUGGUAACAUCUUGGUUCUUGUGACUCUUGCGUACUAUGAGAAUCUCAAAUCUUUGACCAACAUCUUCAUCCUCAACCUGGCCGUGUCGGACCUGAUCUUCACUGUGGGACUGCCGUUCUGGGCUUGUUACUACAUCUGGGGUUGGACACUCGGAGAUGCGGCGUGCAAAACCGUCUGCUUCGUCUUUUACGCUGGGUUUUACAGCAGCGUCAUGUUCCUGAUGAUGAUGACCUUUCAGCGCUACUUGGCCGUGGUGUAUCCUCACUCAGACUGGGAGAAAAGACAGGGUAUUUCACUAAUCCCCAUCCUGGGUUGGGUGGUGAGCAUCGGUGCGGCAUUGCCAGCCCCAAUCUACAGCUCUGUCAUAGCUAAUCCAAAAGAUGAUUCCCAACUCUACUGUGAGUACAAUUCCAGAGAGGCAUACCUUGCACUUACGUAUGAACAGAACUUGUUUUUUGUUUUCGCCUUUUUGUUCAUGGGUUUUUGCUACAUAAGCAUCCUGCUGACCAUCGUCAAUAAAGGAACGAAGAAAAGACGCUGUACUAUCAAACUCAUUUUCUGCAUUAUUGUCAUGUUCUUUCUUGGCUGGGCUCCUUAUAACCUGGUGAUUUUCUUACAAACAUUAACCUAUCUUAAUGUCAAGUAUUUCACAGACUGUGAGGUCACGCAUCACCUCGACUAUGCCGGAUACGUCUGUAAAUUUUUGGCGUUUUCUCACUGCUGCUUUAAUCCUGUGCUUUAUGUUUUCGUUGCUGUGAAAUUCAGAAAUGAUCUAAAGGAGAUUCUGCAGAAGAUUUUUUAAAGCUCAACCAACACGAGUACACCACAGACACGAACCACAGCUCCACUUCCCUUCAUACACAGUGGCCUACAAAUACGGCUGUACCAAUACUCACACCCGCACUUCCAUGUUUACAGUCACUGGGCUUCUGAUUCCUGCACUGAUUCAUAAUUACACACCCUCACAGUCCACCUUUAUAAGCCACUCGUAUGAUUUUUAUUCUUGCUCUGCCAUGGUUUUGAUCUUGUUUACCCUCUGUUAUCCAUUUUGUUGAUCACGUGACCCUCGCAUGUUAUCAUUUUGAGAUUUGCUUACAUUUUGGAUUUGUCUGCAUGGUUCAAUAAAUAUCACACUGACCUUAUAUAACAUUGUGUCACAGUGUUCCAAUGUAUUUGUUCACAGAAAUUUGCCAAACCAGUUAAAUCGCAACCUUUUUUGCCAACUUUGUAGCCAGAAAAAUGUCCAGUUGCUGAUGAAGACUAAGGAUGGCUCUCUGAGGUCACUGACCCCCAUUUGUAGGGUUCUGAUGACGAGCAUUUACAUUUAAAUAUUCCUUCAAAGCAUAUACGAUUCUCUGGGAAUCCCAAAUGCUCCACCUUUUUUACACAUUUGUGGUUUGAAUUUUCAAAAUCUGCUGUACAAAUUUCAUGUCCGAAUACUAGCCUCAGCUCCCAAGCUCGGAAGUGUAGCUAUCAGAAAUGACACUGUUUCUAUUAGAACAUAUGCUAGCUAUCAUUGUCCAAUGUUAGCUUUCUGUAAUUUCCUGUAAGGCCAUUCCAGGGAUGUGAAAUGGUGGAACUGUCC